AGAAUCGCGGCCGAGCAUGAUGGCGGCGGCGGCGGCCUCUCUGUGCCGGGGCAGCGCUUGGCAACAGUGGCGAUACAGGCAUCUGGAGCGGCUCUUCGUGUCGUCAACGAAUAUUGUACAGCUUGCAGGCUAUAGAUGGUGCCUUAUCACUUCUCGUGGCUUUCACUCAACGGUUUAUAAUCCAAAUGAAAAGACUUUUGAUAAGCUUCUUAUUGCAAACAGAGGAGAAAUUGCCUGCAGGGUAAUUAAAACAUGCAAGAAGAUGGGAAUUAAAACAGUUGCCAUACACAGUGAUGUUGAUUCAAAUGCUGUCCACGUGAAAAUGGCCGAUGAAGCAGUCUGUGUUGGCCCAGCUCCCACUAGUAAAAGCUACCUCAACAUGGAUGCUAUCAUGGAAGCCAUUAAAAAAACGCGGGCCCAAGCUGUUCACCCAGGAUAUGGAUUCCUUUCAGAAAACAAAGAAUUCUCCAAGCGUCUGGCAUCAGAAGGUGUUGUUUUCAUUGGACCAGAUAUGCAUGCCAUUCACGCAAUGGGAGACAAGAUAGAAAGCAAACUGUUAGCCAAGAAUGCAAAGGUCAAUACUAUACCGGGUUAUGAUGGGGUGAUAAAGGAUGCAGAUGAAGCUGUCCGAAUUGCAAGGGAAAUUGGCUACCCUGUGAUGAUCAAGGCUUCGGCAGGUGGUGGUGGAAAAGGCAUGAGAGUUGCAUGGAAUGAUGAAGAAGCCAGGGAAGGUUUCAGGUUUUCAUCUCAAGAAGCUGCUUCAAGUUUUGGUGAUGAUCGGUUAUUAAUAGAAAAAUUUAUUGAUAAUCCUCGCCACAUAGAAAUUCAGGUAUUGGCUGACAAACAUGACAAUGCAUUAUGGCUGAAUGAAAGGGAAUGUUCAAUUCAGAGAAGAAACCAGAAAGUUAUUGAAGAGGCACCAAGCACCUUCUUGGAUCCUGGAACUCGUAAAGCUAUGGGAGAACAGGCUGUAGCUCUUGCCAGAGCUGUAAAAUACUCAUCAGCGGGAACAGUGGAAUUCCUUGUGGAUUCAAAAAAAAAUUUCUAUUUUUUGGAAAUGAAUACCAGACUGCAGGUUGAACAUCCCAUCACAGAAUGCAUUACCGGUUUGGAUCUGGUCCAAGAAAUGAUCCGUGUUGCUAAGGGAUACCCUCUCAAGCACAAGCAGGCUGAUAUUCCCAUCAACGGCUGGGCAGUUGAAUGUCGAGUAUAUGCGGAGGACCCUUACAAAUCUUUUGGUCUGCCCUCUGUUGGCAGAUUGUCUCAAUACGAAGAGCCUCUGCAUGUCCCAAAUGUUCGUGUUGACAGUGGCAUACAACAAGGAAGUGAAAUUAGUAUUUAUUAUGACCCCAUGAUUUCAAAACUGAUCACCUAUGGAUCCAACCGAAAUGAAGCUUUGCAAAGAAUGGAAGAAGCCUUGGAUAAUUAUGUUAUAAGAGGUGUUACUCAUAAUAUAGCAUUGCUACGUGAAGUAAUAAAGCAUCCACGCUUUAUCCAGGGAGACAUCAGCACGAAGUUUCUUCCUGAGGUGUUUACCGAAGGCUUCAAAGGAUUUCCCUUGCUCAACCUGAUACAAAAAAAUGGGAAUUGUAUGUCCAGCUUGGAGACACAACUCAUUCCGUUGUAGCUUCUCAUCAAGGAUCCACUUACUUUGUGGAAGUCAAUGGGAGAAAACUUUGUGUGACCGGUGAAUGGAAUUUGGCAUCAGCCGUGUUAUCUCUUCAAGUGGAUGAUGUUCAUAGAACUAUCCAGUGCCUUUCUCGAGAUGCUGGUGGAAAUCUUAGCAUUCAGUUUCUUGGAACAGUGUACAAAUUGCGUGUGUUGAGCCAACUUGCUGCAGAACUGAGCAAAUACAUGCCAGAAAAAGUUACGGAGGAUACCACAAGUAUCAUAAGAUCGCCAAUGCCUGGAGCAGUAGUGGCAGUUUCCAUAAAACCUGGUGACAUGGUUGCAGAAGGUCAAGAAAUUUGCGUGAUCGAAGCUAUGAAAAUGCAGAACAGUUUGGUUGCUUCUAAAACUGGCAAG